GCCCGGGGGAUCCUGGGAGCAGGCCUUUCAGGAAGGAGCGGUUCGGCGUCGGGGCCUCGGCCCGUGUUGCAGCCCCGUGUUCCAAGCCGUUGCUCCAGGACGGGCCCGUAGCCGCGGCGACGCUCUAAGGACAUCGGAGGGCGCGACGGGCCGCUCGCUGAGGUGCCCUGCUUCGUCGCCGAGCGAGCCCGGGGCCGCAGGGCGUGGCGGCACCUCCCCCUUGGCCCGGAGCGGGACUGCGGGAGGAGCGGCAACGCAGGCCGGACGAGGUGAACCGGGUCACUAAACUGCCUUCAGGUGAUGAAUCAUCUACGUAAUAAUCAGAUUUGAGGUCCACAGCGCUCUGUGGUCUUGCUAUAGAACAAUUUUCAGAGAGUGACUGGUGUGUUCUGAGGUGUGCCACAGUGACUGUUUGCCCUUGAUAAGGAAAGCAGGCUCUCUUGCUCUUGGGACAUCCUCGUUUCCUUUAAAGCUUUCAGGUCAUAACCUCUUUGGCCGGCAUACAUCUUUGUGCAAGAGGAAGGCUUUCUCAUGAAAGUGUCUCUUGGUAACGGUGAAAUGGGCGUCUCCGCCCAUUUACAGCCUUGCAAGGCAGGAACCACACGGUUUUUUACCAGCAAUACUCACAGUUCGGUGGUUUUGCAAGGCUUUGAUCAGCUUAGAAUAGAAGGAUUGCUUUGUGACGUGACCCUGGUACCAGGUGAUGGAGAUGAAAUCUUCCCUGUUCAUAGAGCUAUGAUGGCGUCUGCUAGUGAUUAUUUCAAGGCUAUGUUCACAGGUGGAAUGAAAGAACAAGAUUUAAUGUGCAUUAAGCUUCAUGGGGUGAACAAAGUUGGUCUGAAGAAAAUAAUUGAUUUUAUUUAUACUGCAAAACUUUCUCUUAAUAUGGACAAUCUUCAGGACACACUUGAAGCUGCUAGCUUUUUACAAAUUUUACCUGUUUUAGACUUCUGUAAAGUGUUUCUUAUUUCAGGAGUAUCUUUAGAUAACUGUGUUGAAGUUGGACGAAUUGCUAACACCUACAAUCUUAUAGAAGUAGAUAAAUAUGUCAAUAAUUUCAUCCUGAAGAAUUUUCCGGCAUUAUUGAGUACUGGGGAGUUUUUAAAACUCCCUUUUGAAAGGCUUGCCUUUGUGCUUUCCAGCAAUAGUCUUAAGCACUGUACUGAACUUGAGCUUUUCAAGGCUGCCUGUCGCUGGCUAAGGUUGGAAGACCCUCGGAUGGAUUAUGCUGCAAAAUUAAUGAAGAAUAUUCGAUUUCCACUGAUGACACCACAGGAUCUCAUCAAUUAUGUGCAGACAGUAGAUUUCAUGAGAACAGACAAUACCUGUGUGAAUUUGCUUUUGGAAGCUAGCAAUUACCAAAUGAUGCCAUAUAUGCAGCCAGUGAUGCAGUCAGAUAGAACUGCCAUUAGAUCUGACUCAACCCACUUGGUUACAUUAGGAGGAGUUUUGAGGCAGCAGCUGGUUGUCAGUAAAGAAUUACGGAUGUAUGAUGAAAGGGCGCAGGAGUGGAGAUCUUUAGCUCCCAUGGAUGCUCCUCGUUACCAGCAUGGCAUUGCUGUCAUUGGAAACUUUCUUUAUGUAGUUGGUGGUCAAAGUAAUUAUGAUACAAAAGGAAAAACUGCCGUUGAUACAGUUUUCAGAUUUGAUCCUCGGUAUAAUAAAUGGAUGCAGGUUGCUUCAUUAAAUGAAAAGCGCACGUUUUUCCACUUGAGUGCUCUCAAAGGACAUUUGUAUGCCGUUGGUGGGCGAAGUGCAGCUGGUGAGCUGGCCACAGUAGAAUGUUACAAUCCAAGAAUGAAUGAGUGGAGCUAUGUUGCAAAAAUGAGUGAACCCCACUAUGGCCAUGCUGGAACAGUGUAUGGAGGCUUAAUGUAUAUUUCAGGAGGAAUUACUCAUGAUACUUUCCAAAACGAGCUCAUGUGUUUUGACCCUGAUACAGACAAAUGGACACAGAAGGCUCCAAUGACUACAGUCAGAGGUCUGCAUUGCAUGUGUACAGUUGGAGACAAGCUCUAUGUCAUUGGUGGCAAUCACUUCAGAGGAACAAGUGAUUAUGAUGAUGUUCUAAGCUGUGAAUACUAUUCACCAACCCUUGACCAGUGGACACCAAUUGCUGCCAUGUUAAGAGGUCAAAGUGAUGUCGGAGUUGCCGUCUUUGAAAAUAAAAUCUAUGUCGUAGGUGGAUAUUCUUGGAAUAAUCGUUGUAUGGUAGAAAUUGUCCAGAAAUAUGACCCAGAAAAGGAUGAGUGGCAUAAAGUUUUUGACCUUCCAGAGUCACUUGGUGGCAUUCGAGCUUGUACUCUCACAGUUUUUCCACCUGAAGAAAACCCUGGAUCACCUUCCAGAGAAUCACCUCUUUCAGCACCUUCAGAUCAUUCUUAGGACCAAGGUGUAAUACCUUUGCAGUGCAUCAUGGAUGAUCCCAUACUUCCCCUUCAGUUUAUCUUCUUACAUUGAUUGGUACAGUUAUUAGAUAAAAAGGUGGUUGCCCUGGUGCUGCUUCAUCCCAUGUGCAUCCUGAGCUUUGUGUGAUCUGCCUCAAGGCUGUAAUCUGAGCAAGCAGAAGAUGUACUGUUUGGCAUCAGAUCAGAAAAAUGUCCUUUUGGCUAUGUCUAAAGGACAGGACCAACUUCACAUUCCCUAAGAAGCCAGCUGUAGAAAGCCUAGGACACUGCUGUCUUGCAGGCAGUACUAAAGUAGAUCUUCAGCAUCUUCAAUACCAAGGGCAUCCCUACUGGUUCAGAACCACAUGGGGAGAUCUUAAUGGGACCUUAUCCACAAAUGGAAUCAUAGGAGUCCUCCAAAGUGAGUGAUUCUGAAGAAUCUGAAGAUUUACUUCCCUGGAAUAAUUGUCUACCUGAAGAAAAAAUUUACAUAUAUACAUUUACAUACAUGUUUAUAUUUAUAUCCCUAUACUUGGGAGAUUGUCAUAGUGUAAAUCAGGAACAACCUUCUCUUUGACAACCUCAUAAUAAAACUCAGGAACCAAGACAAAAGGAAUUGGCUUCAAGGAAUCUGAACCUCACUGCCCAUACAGGUGUUGAUUCAUUUUAAUGCUUUUAUGAUUUCUGCAUUGGCAGAAAUUUUCAUACUUCCUAUUUUUUUUAAUGAUUCAAUUUUUUAUUACUAAAAACACAUUUGAGAACAUUUAAGAAAUAGAAAAAGUAGAAAUUGCUAAUAACUUUGUACAUUGAAUAAGCAAGAAAUAGCAUCCCAAUUAUUUCCUUAAUUAUUAAUGAAGUUAAAUAUUUGUGUUUUUUGAGUAGCUGUGUUCCUCUUUAACUGAAUGUUAAUAUCCUUUGCCCUUGUAAUACCUAUUGGAGUUGCUUCCUUUUUCAUAUCGAGUUAUAGGAUCUCUUUAUAUAAUAAAUAGAAUUUAACUGGCAUUUGCUUGCAUUGACUUUUUUUCUCAAUCUGUUAGAGGUUUACAAAGGCAGGGCCGUUUAGUUAAUUUUUGAGAUCAAAUUUGUCCAUCUUUUUGCAUUUUGACCUUUUGGGUAUAAUUUUGCUAUGGUUCCUUUAUUUUUU